GCAAGCUCAUGCUGAGAAAGUAAAUGGAAUCGAGGAUUUGAAUACGGCGAUUGUAGAAUUUUGGAUUGAAGGCGACGUUAAUGCUACAGGUCAAUCUCAUGCCAAAUCCUAGAAGUGCAUCAUUGUUGAUAAAUCCCUUGUCAUGUGUAAAUAUGUAACUCCAUAGCUCGGUACCCACCAUUUUUUCUUACGUGCUACGACUGCGUGUUCCUCCACAUGUGUGUGUCGACAAUUCACGGAACGUGGGUGUGGUGUCAGGUGUGUGCAAGUGACGAAGAGGCCAAACGGUUUAAGGUGGAGAUGAAAAUGGAAAAUAUUGAAUCAGGGUUGUCAAUUCAAUGGAUAGGUCCAGGUUCGUCUUUGUACAUAUGCAUACAUACGUUGCUUCCUGAUAGUUGUGCGAAUAUGUAAGCACUUUCAAAUACUGUUUUCUGUCGCCCAGUACAUUCAGUACGGAAAUCGGUCAAAGAAAUCAUUGCCAGUGGUCAAGUGUUUGUUAUAAAUUCGAAGGAAAUUAGGAAUCCAUUUUUAUUCAAGAAGACAAAUGAUCAUAAAAAUUUUUGGAAGACGGAAGUCUUCAUACAUCAGUUGAGCCACAAACUGCCAACACAAGUCUUUAAAUAUUUGGAGACACACGAUCUCAAGAAGAAUUCUCUCUCUAAACCAAGGGACAACAGUUGGAUGUAUCAAGUAGAACAAAAUCCACAGAACGCAGCAAUCUUAACCACCAAACCUCCUGAACCUGUGCCAAUCAGUGGCCCUGGCCAAACUACUGAAGAUAUCCAGCGCAUUAGUUCUACCGAGACUUUAUUCAAAGAAAUGGAUGCUAAGCAUAUCGCCGAGAUUCAAGGAGAUACAAGCCAAGUAGAAACUGUGGCUCCUCCAGAAAUAUUACCUGUCGAAGAACCUCCACCUCCGGUAAACGAUAUCAUCACUGAACAAGUGGCCACUCUUGGUUCACCUGAGAUUCCGUCUUCCCCUCAACAAAUCUCGUUAAAUGAUGAGACAGAAACCAUUAAUACUGCUGAGAAGGUCGACGACAUGCUACCCACCGACCAGGUCACCUCCACUCAAAUACAGCCUCAGAUUGACGAGGCUGUGGAUCAAAUCGCAUUGGAGUCUUUACCCCAAAUGUCAUCCGUCGAAGAAAUUGACAUCUCUGCAACACUAGACACUGCUACUCCUGCAGCACAGAUUACUAACGACGACUCGAAUCUUCUGCCAAACUCAGAGGCUGAAAAACCGUCAAUGGAUGGUCAACAACAAGAAAAUGACACCUGAGAAGGUGAUUAUUAUUGCCGAUGUCUACAAUAUUAUUCAAGUAUAAAUAAUUCGAGUCUAAGUGGUAACGGUUUUUUAACUGGUAGUCAGUUGCAAACUUAAUCUAGAUUAAGAACUGACGGUGUGCAACCAAACUUUCUAACACCAAUAAAAGAACUUUAAAAUAUUUUCUACUCGCUCGACAUGAACUCUUUUGUUGCAUUUCAUCCGUGGUUAUUAAUUACAAUAUUUGUAAUAAUAUUUUUUUGUAGUGCAGAUGCAUACGUUGUUCACACUUCAGGGAGCUGUACUCCGCCAGCAACGGUUGAUAACCCCCCUGGUCGCUACUGCUCGCGAUGUGUGUGUCUGGCUCCAGACAACUGGAUUUGUUUCACAAGGUUAUGGUCGUGGUGUAGAAUUAGACAAAUAUUUUUGUUGGACAGCCCCAACCGAUAUGAGUAAAAAUAGGAAGUACUUGUCACUCUACGCAGAUAUACAUACAUACUUGCACUACUCGUCAUUUUAUGGUUACGUAACCUGUCAACAUAGUCUUUAAGUGUGAACAAGUUCAUUCGUAUUGUGAACCCAAUAACCUUGUACUUCAAGGUAUAGUCAGUUAAAUGUUAUUUAUAUUGAAGAAUCUUUGUGGUUAUUCUGGUUAUAGCCAGAGAAAUUAUGUGUCUAAUAAGGAUUUAUCCAAUCGACUAAUAAAUGGGUGGAAUAAUCUUAACGUGU